AUGAUUGUUUUUUAUAUAUUAUUGGCUAUUAUUUUUUCAGUUUAUUUAAUAAAUAAAUAUUUUGCAAUCAAUAACAAUAACAAUAGUAAUAACAAUAACAAUAAUAAUUGCAAUAAUAAUAGAAAUAUAACCAAUACACAACAUUAUAACAAAAUCAACAACAAUUUAGCUGAUCAAAUUCAUAUUCACCAAAACCCACAGAAUUCAAAACCAAACCAUCAAUUUGAUUCCACUUGUGCUCCACCAGACCAAUUUGACUCCACUUGUGCCCCACCACAACAAUUUGAUUCCACUUGUGCCCCAAUACAGCAAUUUGAUUCCAUUUGUGCCCCACCACAGCAAUCUGAUUCCACUUGUGCCCCACCACACCAAUUUGAUUCCACUUGUGCCACACCACACCUAUUUGAUUCCACUUGUGCCCCACCACACCAAUUUGAUUCCAUUUGUGCCCCACCACACCAAUUUGAUUCCAUUUGUGCCCCACCACACCAAUUUGAUUCCACUUGUGCCCCACCACACCAAUUUGAUUCCAUUUGUGCCCCACCACACCAAUUUGAUUCCACUUGUGCUCCACCAGACCAAUUUGAUUCCAUUUCUGAUCAAAUUCAUAUUCACCAAAACCCACAGAAUUCAAAACCAAACCAUCAAAUUGAUUCCACUUGUGCUCCACCAGACCAAUUUGACUCCACCUGUGCCCCACCAGACCAAUUUGACUCCACUUGUGCCCCACCACAGCAAUUUGAAUCCAUUUGUGCCCCACCACAUCAAUUUGAUUCCACUUGUGCCCCACCACAGCAAUUUGAUUCCCCUUGUGCCCCACCACAGCAAUUUGAUUCCAUUUGUGCCCCACCACACCAAUUUGAUUCCACUUGUGCCCCACCACAGCAAUUUGAUUCCAUUUGUGCCCCACCACACCAAUUUGAUUCCAUUUGUCCCCCACCACAGCAAUUUGAUUCCAUUUGUGCCCCACCACACCAAUUUGAUUCCACUUGUACUCCACCACACCAAUUUGAUUCUACUUGUGCCCCACCACACCAAUUUGAUUCC